AUGUCAACUGAAUACAACGUCAUUAUUUAUGAUUUACCAAAUACCGAUAGAUCAAAAGUUAGACCAAAACACGUAGCUGCCAUACCUCCAGUAGUUCCGAAUCCAGUUAGAUCUGCAGGUGCAAUAUAUACGGAUGAAACAAAGACUAAAUUUGCAGGAAGUGCUUUUCAUUUAGUUGCAAAUUCAAAAGAUGAAGUUAUUGAAUUUUUGAAAAAAGAUAUUUACUAUAAAGAAGGUAUUUGGGAUAUUAAUAAUGUUGUAAUUAAUCCUAUUGGAGUUGCUGUUAGAUUACCUAAGAAAAUGGAUGGUGUUGAUGAAUCUAAUUAUAAGAUUUGA